AUGUCUUCCAAACAACUCCCAGCCUCCCCAUUGAAUCCAGCCGUCGACGAGAUCCGUUGGGUUAUACAAAUCCGCCGGCACCUUGAUGAAGACCAGGACGAUGAAACCAGCCUCCCCGUCUGCAUCUUCACCGUCCCAAGAAUCGUAGUCGCCACCAAGCCCGACGCCUAUAUACCCCAGCAAAUCGCACUAGGUCCCUACCACCACUGGCGGCCAGAGCUCUACGAAAUGGAGAGGUACAAGGUUGCUGCCUCUAAAAGAACCCAAAAACAACUCAAAAGCCUCAAAUUCCAAGACCUCAUCGAUCUGUUCCAGAGGCUUGAGCCUCGGAUCCGGUCGUGUUACCACCACUACCUCAACUUCAGUGGGGAAACCCUAGCGUGGAUGAUGGCUAUCGAUGCGUCCUUUUUACUUGAAUUCUUACAGAUCUUCACCGCGAAAGAUGUUAGGGUCUUAGAAAGAAUAUCAUCGAGAAUGUCACAAUUGGUCGAUAACGAGGGAAGGAGAUCAGCUCAUAAUGCAAUCCUCCGGGAUAUAAUGAUGCUCGAAAACCAAAUCCCGCUCUUCCUCUUAAGAAAGAUCUUAGAUUCUCAGCGCGCGUCGACUCAAGAAGCUGACGAAGAACUAUCAGCGAUUUUGAUGGAGCUUUGCAAACAGCUCUCCCCAUUUAAGAUGAUGGAGAAUUUACGACAAAUCCAAGUGAAGGAUCGCGCGCACUUGCUUGAGAUCCUUUUCUACGUGCUCGUGCCAAAACCCGACGAAUCGAACCAGAUCAACGAAUCCGAAGAAGUAAUAAUCGAAGAGAUCGCAAAAGAAUUAUCUGGCGACGUAGGUCAUGUCCGGCAUCUCCUCAACACGGUAUGGGAUUACAUGUCGUCUCUCAAGGUUCGACCCUGCCUCUACGUUAAGGAAGCUCUCGGGUCCAGACCGCUUCAGUUGGUAGCGAAACUCCCAUGGACGAUUAUCACAAAACUCCCCGGAUUGAAGCUGUUAAAAGAACCCGUCGAGCAUUUCUUCUCAUCGUCCCAAGACAAGGAAAAAGCCAAACCUGAGGAUGGAAGUCCAAGCAACAAUAACAACCGGCCCCCUUCAAUUGAAGAGAUUACCAUUCCUUCAGUGUCUGAUCUAAUCAACAACGGUGUAAGAUUCUCGGCUACCAAAGGAGAUUUAUCGACCGUCAGCUUCGAUGUCAAGACCGUUACGUUCUAUCUCCCCACCGUUACGCUCGAUGUCCACACAGAGGUCAUACUACGGAAUUUGGUUGCCUUCGAGGCUUCGAUCGCUAUUGGGCCGUUGGUUUUUACACGGUACACUGAACUGAUGAAUGGGAUUAUAGACACGGAAGAGGACGUGAAAGUGCUGAGAAAGUUGGGGAUUGUUGAGAACUGUUUGAAGAGCGAUGGAGAAGCAGCGAGUAUGUGGAAUGGGAUGAGCAAAUCAAUGAAAUUGACAAAAGUGCCCUCUCUAGAUAAGGUGAUUGAAGAUGUGAACAAGUAUUAUAGCAGUAGAUGGAAGGUCAAAGUUGGAAAGUUCAUGAAAAAGUAUGUGUUUGGGUCGUGGCAGUUCCUAACAUUUCUGGCUGCUAUUUUGCUGUUGCUGAUGAAUGGCUUGCAGGCAUUCUGCUCGGUCUAUACGUGUGCACGUUGGUUCAAUUUAAAAAUCCAAGAGUGA